ACCACGUACAUUGUUUUUUUUGUUUUACAGAAUGCAAACAAGCCAUCUGCUCAUAUUGAAUCUGCAAACAAAUUUGGAGUGACCUAUCAGGCCAACCAAAGUAUGUGUUCCUUUACCAUCCUCUACACCGUCCCCACUCCACUAAAAAAAAGUCAAAUAACAUCAAAUCACAUUUUUUAGAGUGCCUCUUUUAUAGUACAAUGCAUGACUAUACAUUAUAUUGUAAUUCGGGGACUACCGACCAAAACUAAUUCGUCCAUUUGUUUGUUUCGAAGUGGAUGGGCGAAUAUAUACAAUACAUAUCACCCAUGGAUUACAACAAGGCCUUGUGUAUGGAACGCCAACACUGUCACAUGUCUUCCGAUGAGUAUUAUAUGCAUUCGGGACACCAUGAUAUCUAGUACUCAUACCUUUAUGAGUGGUCCAUCAAUGAAUAUAUUGACAUAUUUUCCUUAUAUACGGAGUCCAUUAACAAAUAUAUUGCGUGCCUACUGUGAUAUACGCAGUGUAUUUUUCAUUAUAUCGCGUGCUUUUGUCGAUAUGUACAGUGCACGUUUUACUGUGCGUUGUCAAAACUUCGUUAUAUGUGGUUCAUUUUCUUAUCGUUUGGCAUUACGUUCACUACGGUUGACUGCUUGUGGACCUUAACGCAACAUUGACCUCCAGCAGCAAUGUUAUGAGCAGUACAAAAAGUUUGAUGAGCAAACUUUCUGAUGAUAUACCCACAAUUCAUCGCAGGAAUGUUAGUUUCCAAGCUCCCUCGUUUCCUUUGAUCCCGCGCCAUUUUUGAAUCUGUCUCAAAUACGUGAGUUUUUUUUCAUAAUGGCCGUUUCCAUGAUGUCAUCUGUGUUAAAGAAAGUGAAUCUGGGAUAUCUAGAAGAGAAAUUUCAGCAGGAAAAAAUAACACCCGAUCUUGUUUGUAAACUCUCAGUACAAGAGCUAGAAAGUCUAGGGUUAACCUCUCGAAGAGACAUGAUGGCUCUCAGAAUCGAGUGUGCAACGUUUGGAGGAGAAGCACCAAGGAAAGUCAAAGCAACUUGUGGAGCACCAUCAUUCUCCAUUCCUAAGUGUGUUCUUGAGAAUCUAUUAGGGGAAGGUUUCACUAUCAAAGAAAUUUCUACUAUUUUGUCUGUUUCUGAAAGUACUAUUUACCGCAGGAUGAGUCUCUUUGGACUAAGCAGGUCAGAUUUCACAGACAUUUCAGAUUUGGAACUAGAUCAGCGUAUUGAAAACAUUACUGAGGAUUUUCCAUACUGCGGAGAAAGUUUAAUCAAGCAAUUCCUGAUCGAGAAAGGGAUUAUAGUGCAAAGGAUGCGUAUUAGAGAUAGUUUGCACCGAGUGAACGGAGAUGGAGUAAAGGCUAGGAAAAAAGGGCGCCUGCAUAGACGCGUCUACGAUGUACAGGGACCUAAUCACCUUUGGCAUAUAGACACGAAUCACAAGUUGGUGCGGUGGUACUUUGUAGUUUUUGGUGCGAUUGAUGGAUUUAGUCGUCUGCCAGUAGCACUAGAAUGCAGAAACAAUAACAAGGCUGAGACUGUGCUUGAAUGUUUUUUGAAAGAUGUGGAAAACUACGGCCUCCCAAGCAGAGUGAGGUCAGAUAAAGGAGGGGAAAACGUGUUAGUAGCUGAUUACAUGUUAACGAGAAGGGGUAUAAAUAGGGGCAGCAUGAUCACUGGCAAAAGCACACACAACCAGAGAAUCGAAAGACUGUGGAGGGAUGUUUAUGAGGGGGUUCUAAGCAUGUAUUAUCAAUUGUUUUACUUUCUUGAAGACGAAGGGAUGCUAGACCCAUUUAACACGCUUCAUAUUGCUGCACUCCACUAUGUAUACCUACCGAAGAUUAAUGAAAAACUAGAGUUGUGGAGAAAUGCAUGGUCCAGACAUCGCAUGAGAACCGUAAAAUCUUCUCCGAUUCGCCUUUGGGUUUCUGGCCAGCUACAAAAUCCGGUGGGCAUUGAGCUGUCAAGUGCUGAGCUCCAAUCUUAUGGUGCUGAGGGAGUGUUGGACGAAGAGAGAGUUGAGGAUAGACGCCCAAUAUUUGAGGUCCCAGGUGCUUUGAGUGAGCAAUGUUUUGAGAUUUUACGUAACCAAGUCCCUUCAAAUUGGACAUCUUCAAAUUAUGGGAUAGAUGUAUAUUUAACGGUGCUGGACAUUAUUGAGAAUUUAGAAGCAAAUGGCAGAUGAUUUGCGAGUACAAAGCACAUAAGAGGACCAAAAUGUAGCCUUAGCCAUUUCAUGCUAAAAAGCUGGGGAGGAGACUGUGCUAGGGUUAGCGGGUAAGGAAAAUCAUAAAAAUGACACAGGUUUGCAUUACUAGCAAAAAGUGCUCGGCAAACGCCUGAAGUAACUAUCAUUACCCCUAUUCAAUUUUUGUGUGACCGUGCAUGUAAAAACAGAUUAUAUGACAACCAUUGCCUUAUCAGGUACUUCAUCAGAUUCAUUGAGUAGUGCCAAGUUAGUUUAGGGUGGGUGUGUGUGUGUGUGUGUGUGUGUGUGUGUGUGUGUGUGUGUGUGUUAUUGGAAUACCUGUCUAUCAUUGUAAAUCAUAAAAUGCACUUUAAGUUUCUCGGUUGAAGACAAUUGUAUAUAGAUAGUUCUCAGUUAUUAUCAGCGUUUCGCGUUACGGUUGAAAUUACUCUUCCUAUGUAAGCUAUGGACAUUGUUAAGAACGUUAUUUACCCCAACGUAUAUGAUACCGUCCCACGAUGUGGGUGACAAAAUAAAUCAAAAUUUGUUUACCGUAGUCAAGAAAGUUGCCUUUAUUAAAACUUAAACGUUUAACUGUAAAUGCCAAACCUUAGUCGUGCAGGUAAAUAAUAAAACUCUAAUAGAAUAGUGUUGCAAGGAACUAUAUUUAUGUUAUGAAAUGGUAAUGUAAUUUCUAUUUCGAUCUACACAAGAACAAUAACAUCACAAACAAAUCAGUCAGUCCAUAUUAUCGAUCCUGUUUUGUUCCCCCUCAUUUCAACCAAUCUUUAAAUAAAUGCAAAUGCUUUCCACGGCUUCUCAAAACCUUUCUUACAAAGAACACAAUUAAGGAAAAUGGUAAAGAGCACAUCACACAAAAUGGUUGAGGGUUUGACAUGUAAGAAACCAUUGGUUUUAGCUUCCAGUAAAGUUAUAAUGUCCUAUUUUUUUAUUGAAAUUUUAUUUUCCUUUGUUAAAAGCCAUUAUGCCUAACAGCAAAGGAAAUGAAAUUCACAACAAAGAUAAUAAUGUCCGAUGGACAACUGAGCAUAAAAAAGAUGUAUGGCUUUCAUUAACCCAACGUGCUACUUCAUGACGUAAAAUUGCCUCUGUAUGCCAUUAUAUCAUUAUUUUCAUUUACAUGUUACCAAAAUAUGAGUUUAGAAAUGCAUAAUCAAAAACUUUGAAAAGAGCAUACUCAUAUGGUAGGGGUUUACUUAUUGUGGGCCUCACAAGCAUAAGGGAAUUAAUGCAUGUGUUGGCUGUAGGAACAAAACCAUUUUCUGCAUCAACAAAAGCAAUGGAGGGGUGAAUGGAAAACCCAAGAACCGGUUCUUCUUCUGCACCAGUUGCGAACUGGAGAAUGUGUGAAAGGGUAACAUUCCCUCUUUGUCCAGCUGUCAAGAGAAUAGAAAUGGGUCAAACUUUAGCAAUCCUAAACAACCACAACAUAAAUAGUAAAAGUAAUAAUAAUAACCGUUUUGAACAGUUUGUUCAACAGUUCGAAUGGGUAAAGCCACAUGUGCAACAUAAUUUGCCUACUUUGCAUUCCAUUUUUUUUGGCUUAGCAUCAUUUUCUUUGCAGAGACCACUAUUGGAAUACAUGUAUCAUGAUAUUCAAUAAACAGAGUGGAAUGUUAAUUCCAACAAGGCAAUCUGUUCCUGAUUAAUGAUUUCAACCCAUUCCCAAAUGUACUUAUAACUUUUGUCUGUGAAGUUACAAGUUACCUGCAGCCCUAUGCAAAUACUUCACAAAUUGUCUGUACACUGCAUCCUCAAACUGCCUUCUGUUAGACCCCUCCACACUAAACUCGAGUUGAAGAAGAUGAGUCACCUUUUUCAAAGUCAAGACACUGGUGGGGUUGGGGCGUAAAAGAUGAAGAAAGAUGGGAAACUCAUUCGCAAUCUGUAAGAGAAAAAGAUCGCAUGAAUGGUCCUGUUGUACCUCUGUUGAUAAUGCUUUCAUUCAAAGAGCAAUAACAUUAUGAUUAAAAUAUACCUGAACAAUUCCUAGCUUGGAGAAUCCAUUCCUAAGUUGCUCUGCACACUGGUUGGGAUUAGGACUGAAGAAUAUUUCUUGGAGAUUCUCUUCACCAAUAAAUCUUGGCAAAACUCCAUUUUGAAGAAUGCUGAGUCCUGUGCAUAAUAGGAAAUACAAUAAAAUCAUUGAUGAUCAAUUCUAGCAUCCCAGCAAAUAUAUUUUUUCUUAGAUACACUGUGCACAUGAUAGCACUCUUUUGAUACCCAAUAUUACUAUACAUUUAAGAAGUUUGGGAGAUGGGGGUGGCGCAAGGAACCACUUUGAACUCAGAAUUGUGAAACAGAGGGAAAAAAAACCUCAUACACAGCUUUAGAAACACUUCUUAGGCUUAAACAGAAGAGCCUAGCAUAAUGCAUGUCACAGCAAAAUAAGAAAGUUCUGUCUCUCAAAUUAAGAUUUCUAUAAAGGUCAUUCAUUUUUCAGACUUGAAUGAAACAACAACAUACCUAAUAUGACUCCAACUAAGUAAUAUGCCUCUGCUUGGUGGUUCAGAAGGCCAUCAUCAAAAUACUUUUCCUUUAUUGCUUUUACGCAUAGGGAAAAGAAUUCUUUCCGUGGCCCUCCAAAAUCUUCAGCAACCUGGGGAAUUAAGGAUACAUGUAUCUCAAAACUUUAAACAGAAAAAUUAUAUAGCUUUUAAUAAAAUAUUAUUAUAACUAGUGGCAAAUCAUUCUUAUGACAUCUACAUAGAUCAACAAAAUCUUUAAUAUGAUCUACACCAGCUGAGAACAUACCUCCCCAUAAAACUGUACUUCCAGAGUAAGGAACAGAUUUUCCAGAUCGGAAAUUUCAUCAAAGGCUGUUUCCAGCAAAUGCAAUCUGUCCACCAGUAUGUAAUUGGUAAUGCCCACCUCACAUCUCGAUUCAUCCAGCACGUCCAGAGUCCUCCCUCGAACAAGCUGGCUUUGGACAUACCUCAGUAUCUCCACAGGAUUGUUUAAGAUGUCUGUCAAUUUAAGGAUAAAGUAUAAUUAUUUAAAAAUUAUUUGUAUCCCCUAUUUACAAAUUUAAUACAAAUAGUUUUCCUGCAUAUAAAGUCGCCUAUGGAAAGGCGUAUUUUUCACAAUAUUGUAAUGAAUGGGAUGGUGACAAGGAGGUAAACAACCUUCCAGGAAGCUAUUAUGGUGAGAAUAACCUCUCGGCUAAAUACUAAUCUUAUUAUUAUUAUUAUUAUUAUUAUUAUUAUUAUUAUUAUAUUAUCAACAUCAUUAUUCCAAUUGUCAGUCUUAUUUUACUGCUAGAUCAUCGAGGAAGGGUGAGGGGGGGAGGGGAGGUUUGAAUGAGAGAGGCCAAUAAAACCGGAGGUCAAACCCAUAAGGUUUUUCUUUAAAUUAAUUCAUAUAAGCUAAUUUGAGUACUCAGUUACAACUCUAUUCUAAAGUAUUAUACAAUUUCCUACAAAAUAUUUGAUGUGGGAUUGAUACAAGGCCCCAGUAACUGUAAAACUCAGAAAAUGAUGGAAAGCCUAGAAAAUAUUUUAUGCAUGUUGGUUAUGUAUUGGCCAAGCAAACCACCACAAAGCUAUCUUAUGCACCUCUGCUGCUUCUGUUUAAUUUUGUUUUUUCAAUGCCUUAUUGGCAUUAUUUUUCUUUUGCAAUUAAAAGAGCAUUUCAGAAAUAUUUCUGGUGUUCAAAUUUUCUGAGUUUUGCAGUAAAUUGAUACUACAUGGUCAAAAUAAUAUAAAUGAAUCCAACCUGUAGAAUAGAUGUGCUCUUUUAUCUUUGGCAUUAUCAGUGCAAUGUCAACAUCAAACUUCUCCAUGGUGAUGUGGUCAUUAUUGGUUAGAGGUCCCAAGCUAGUGCCUUCCAAGGGAUGAGCUGUGGACUCUGUCUGACUGCCAAUGAAGUGGGUUUCAGAUAUGGUAGAAAUACCUUGAGAGGAAGAGGGACCAGCUUCAGCUUGGUUGCCAUUGCCAGAUGAAGAAGGGAAGGUCAACAUGGGGCUACUGUCACUGGACUCUGUCUGAUUGCCAAUGAAGUGGGUCUCAGAUAUGGCAGAAAUGCCUUGAGAGGAAGAGGGACCAGCUUCAGCUUGGUUGCCAUUGCCAGAUGAAGAAGGGAAGGUCAACAUGGGGCUACUGUCACUGGACUCUGUCUGAUUGCCAAUGAAGUGGGUCUCAGAUAUGGUAGAAAUGCCUUGAGAGGAAGAGGGACCAGCUUCAGCUUGGUUGCCAUUGCCAGAUGAAGAAGGGAAGGUCAACAUGGGGCUACUGUCACUGGACUCUGUCUGAUUGCCAAUGAAGUGGGUCUCAGAUAUGGUAGAAAUGCCUUGAGAGGAAGAGGGACCAGCUUCAGCUUGGUUGCCAUUGCCAGAUGAAGAAGGGAAGGUCAACAUGGGGCUACUGUCACUGGACUCUGUCUGAUUGCCAAUGAAGUGGGUCUCAGAUAUGGUAGAAAUGCCUUGAGAGGAAGAGGGACCAGCUUCAGCUUGGUUGCCAUUGCCAGAUGAAGACGGGAAGGUCAGCAUGGGGCUUCUGUCACUCGACUCUGUCUGACUGCCAAUGAAGUGGGUUUCGGAUACGGUAGAAGUGCCUUGAGAGGAAGAGCAACCAGCUUCAGCUUGGUUGGCAUUGCCACAUGAAGAAGGGAAGGUCAGCAUGGGGCUACUGUCACUGUCUGAUGCCACCAGUGGCACACUGGGAGAUGGAUAGGCACUGCCACCUUGACCAAUAGACUCCACCUCCUUUGUUGAAACUGUGGCACUUGACAGUGCAUUAGCCAUAUAAUCUUUCAAAUCAUUUCUUGACUCGUCAGAUAACACCAUGACCUCAUCUUCAAUGUUGUCAUCAAACACAUUACAGUUACAAGUCACUAAGUGCGAUCGAAGCUCGUUUAGAGGGAUCUCCUUAGAACACCACAUACACUUCUCUUUCAACUUGCAUGUCAGCCUGUUUUCUUGCCCUCCUUUCACACGCAGGCUCUUCUGAAUAGGCCGGAGAUAAAUCUUUGUUUGAGGCGUGAAAAGAGACUUCAACCCUUCUACAGAUCAGGACGAUUUUAUGACUGCCAAAUCACGAGAAUUUGUUACACAACUCAUAAUUUCAAAGCCCUUGCCUUCUUUUAGCUGAGGGAAGCCGAUUGGAUGGCCAUCGUCGCCUGGCAUAUCACUAGUAAGCUUCUCCACCACUUCCUCCUCGUUUUCAUCAACAAAAAAAUUGAUCUUUUUUAGGCCAAGGCCAGCCUGCUGCAAGAUCUGUUUUUCCGAGGAAGACGGCACUCUGCAUGCUUGUCGAUCUGCUAAACACACAAAUUGACCUGUCCAUGUGCGUCGGGAUGGAUUUUUCCUCUUAGCAGACUUUGAGGUUCCAGAACCUUUUUCACGGCGGCUGCUGUACGGCUGAAAAAGCCUCCUUCUUUCCUCGAUCAACUGCUGAGCUUGAGAAGAGCCGACAGAGCUCGUGGAAGCCACAUUUGUUCGCCUUUCUCCAUCAGCGAACUGUUUGCAAUUUUCUUUGAGGCGGACGCGGUCCCCUAAAGUCUCUACACCCAGACGCAUCAGACUGCUGUCUGACAUCGCCAGAAUAACGUGUGGGUCGAUUUUUUCAUCUGCAAAGCGCUCGGAAAGCGUUGAAAGUCCAACUUUUUGAAGGAUGGACUCCAUUUUGUUCCAAAAAUGGCGGGAUCAAAGGAAACGAGGGAGCUUGGAAACUAACAUUCCUGCGAUGAAUUGUGGGUAUAUCAUCAGAAAGUUUGCUCAUCAAACUUUUUGUACUGCUCAUAACAUUGCUGCUGGAGGUCAAUGUUGCGUUAAGGUCCACAAGCAGUCAACCGUAGUGAACGUAAUGCCAAACGAUAAGAAAAUGAACCACAUAUAACGAAGUUUUGACAACGCACAGUAAAACGUGCACUGUACAUAUCGACAAAAGCACGCGAUAUAAUGAAAAAUACACUGCGUAUAUCACAGUAGGCACGCAAUAUAUUUGUUAAUGGACUCCGUAUAUAAGGAAAAUAUGUCAAUAUAUUCAUUGAUGGACCACUCAUAAAGGUAUGAGUACUAGAUAUCAUGGUGUCCCGAAUGCAUAUAAUACUCAUCGGAAGACAUGUGACAGUGUUGGCGUUCCAUACUUGUGCGUUAGUAGAAAUCACUGUCAGUGCCCCGUACAGCCAUCUUGCUGGACGGAUGAAGUACAAUGAUGGAAAACUGACUGUACCUACCAGUGGACGGUACUAUGUCUAUCUGCAGGUCUACUAUCGCAAUAAUGGAAGGAUCUAUAUUAGAGUGAACGGCAAACAAGUGACCAUGGCUCUAUCCCCUUGGCCCGGAAAAGGUGACCAUGUUACCGCGUAUGCAGCUGGUGUUUUUAACCUGAAAUCUGGUGACGUCAUCACGUUUGCUUCGGCUCACGCUAACUGUAAAAUUUACAUGUAUACCUACCACACCUACUUUGGCGCAUAUUUGAUUUAA